UUGUAUUUCUCCAAGUUGUAUAAAAAAAAAAAGAAAAUAACGCAUGUGUGCAUGGCCUCGCAUUGACUUGACACAAAUGUGUUACGGAAUAUGACACACUGUGUAAAUUAUUUUGUUAAAAAGGCGUAAACUUUUAUAUUGCAAAAAACGCAACUAAAAAAGGAAAAAAAAAAGAGAGAAAAAAUUGUGUGAGACAUGAAUCAUUUGCUGAUGGAAUUGGAUAUUGAUAUGGUCAACACCAGGAUAUUGUUGCUUGCCUAAUCAGGACUUGUAACAAUUAAUUUUAUUUGUCAAAAAAUAAUACAUAUGGUAUAUUGUCAACAACAAUGUAAAAUAUACAUUGUUGUUUAGCAACACUGAACUUUGAGCUACAUAAAUUUUUUAGUGGAUCAAAAAAGAAAAAAAAAAAGAUUGUAAAACUAACUGGAAUUACCCACACGAGGUUAAUAAAAUUACCAGUCUGUUAUUUGAGAUAGUAGACAGAUUAAUUGUGAUUGCAAAAGAGUACAUAAUUAUUUAAAAAUAUUAUUUAUAUUUUUAAAAAUGCCAACAGCGAGAACAAGCUCUUUACAUGGUGUUUUACCACCUCAUUAUUUACAUGAAUUACCGGCACAAGAGGAAGAAAGAUUGUCUAAAAUAUUUAACCAGCUGGAUCAUGAUGGUAAUGGUAAAAUUGAUGUACAUGAUUUAUCAAAUGCAUUGCACAAAGUUGGUGUUCAUAAGCGUUAUGCUGAGCAAUUUAUGGCUCAAUCAGACAGCAAUAAGAGUGGUGACAUAAGUUUAGCUGAAUUUAUUCACUAUGUCAUUGAACAUGAAAAAAAAUUACGAUUACAAUUUUCACAUCUUGAUAAAAAUAAAGAUGGUAAAAUUGAUUUGGAAGAACUCAUUAGUUCAUUCAACAAAGACUUGGGAAUAAAAAUGGACAGAGCAGAAGCAACAAAGCUUCUUCAGAGAAUGGAUCAAGAUGGUAGUUUGAGCAUUAAUUUCAACGAAUGGCGAGAUUUUUUAAUGUAUGCACCAAGUGAUGACAUUCACCAGCUUAUCAUGUACUGGAGGCACUCAACGUACAUGGACAUUGGAGAGGACAUGGGUGUACCAGAUGAUUUUACAAACAGUGAAAUGAUAUCUGGAAUGUGGUGGAGGCAUUUAUUAUCUGGUGGAAUUGCUGGUGCAGUAUCAAGAACCUGUACAGCACCACUUGACAGAAUAAAAGUUUAUCUUCAGGUACAUGGAACAAGACAAUGUAACAUAUUAAGUUGCUUUAAAUAUAUGUUACGAGAAGGUGGAGUAAUGAGUUUAUGGCGUGGUAAUGGUAUAAAUGUACUUAAAAUUGGUCCAGAAACAGCAUUAAAAUUCAUGGCAUAUGAACAAAUUAAAAGAGCAAUUAAAGGCAAUGAUACACGUGAACUUGGUAUUGAUGAAAGAUUUGUUGCUGGUUCAGUUGCUGGUGGUAUUAGUCAAUCAGCAAUUUAUCCACUUGAAGUACUAAAAACAAGACUUGCAUUAAGAAAAACUGGUGAAUUUAAUAGUAUUAUUGAUGCUGCUAGAAAAAUAUAUUCACAAGGUGGAAUUAAAAAUUUUUAUCGUGGUUAUAUACCAAAUUUAAUUGGUAUACUACCAUAUGCUGGAAUUGAUUUGGCUGUUUAUGAGACAUUAAAAAAUAGAUAUUUAAGAUCACAUGACAAAGAUGAACAGCCAGCAUUUUGGGUAUUAUUACUUUGUGGUACAGCUUCAAGUACAGCUGGACAAGUUUGCUCUUAUCCUUUAGCUCUAGUCAGAACAAAACUUCAAGCACAAAUAUCUGGUAAAAGUCCAAAUACAAUGGUUGGUGUUUUUCAGGAUAUUGUUGAAAGAGAAGGUUUUAGAGGUUUAUAUCGUGGCUUAACUCCAAAUUUUUUAAAGGUUGCUCCAGCUGUAUCAAUAAGUUACGUUGUUUAUGAACACUUCAGACAAGCAUUGGGUGUCAAUAUGACGUGAUGAAUAUAUUCAUUAGGACUUAUUAAUUCAAUUAAAUUAUUUCUACAACUAUUUAAUGCAAUUUAACGAUAAUAGCUAAAAAAAAAAUAAUAAAGAUUUUGACAAAGAGGAAUAAAAAGAGACAAA